UAUUAUUUUAGGCAUAAAAGGUAUAGAAAUCUCUGAAAUACUUAAAAGCAGGUCUUUAGUGUUGCUUUAAGGAUUCAUGGAGGAUGAUUUGUGUUUCACACUGAGCUUAGCGUCCCUCACACUGAUAUGUAUCAGUAAGUAUUCACACUGAUGCAAAAAGAAGACCUGCAGUAAAUGCCCAGAGAACAUACAGGAACAAAGAGCUAAUGUUACUGUAGCACAUCCACACACAACAAAUCAGUCAUCUGGAAUUAUACUUUCAAGUUCACCUAAUCUGGUGAUCAGUGUAGUUCAAUAUCAUGAAAAAUUACCUCAAAUAUUUGAAUCAAAUCUCGGAAACAAAGUGUCCUUCUGAUUACUCCAAGCAUCAGGACAUAGCUUGUUAACCUAUUUAAAUGUUCAUUCAGAUCCUGAAAGUCUCCCAUCUGUUUACUCGCCUCUACCUGACAUCCAGACUCACUUUGGGUGUAAAAGCCACCUGUUCUGAACUCACUGUGAUGGAAACCUUAAGAUAAAGAAAACAUAACCAUCACAGUGCUGUGCUGUCUUCACUGCUUUUAAUUCUUUGGGCACUGAAAAAUAAUUACCUUCAGAUGACGACUUUAAUGUUUGUAAAGCUGCAGUGUCAGACCUGAACAUCAAGAAGGUUCACAUGUUGCGAUAGAAAGCUCAGAGCUUACCUAACACCACUGAACAGACAGUUUGAGGAGGAAAACAAAAGAAUGACAACAUCCAGAGGUCAGAGCCUGUAACUCACUUCCUCUUUCAGUUGGAGCAUUAACAGGACAAACGUUUCACCAUCAUGUGUUGGGUAGUGUGAAAUCACAGAAAUAGUUACACAACCAUGCUCGAGAGGAGGAAGAAGAGCCGGAGCACCACUGACAGACAAAAUAUUUUAAAUCUUCUAAACUGAAAUCUCUGACAUGAGACUCACAUCUGCAGAAACAGGAUGCUGUCAGAGGGUUUUCAGGCUGUUCAGAAGAAUUAAACAUCUGGGCCCGUAUCCCUAAAGAAUCUUUGUGCAAAAAGUGGCUCCUAGCGGCCAAAUUCUAAGAAAAUUCUCAGAGUCAUGACGUUUUCUUAGAAUUUCCCCAAAAAGUGACACGAGAAUCCCAGUUAAUAUAAAAGCUAUUCCUCAAGAUUCCUAGCGCUUAAAAGGGCUCCUAAGGCGAGAUCUGCUAAGAGCAGGGAAGAGGACUUUUAGUGGCUUAGGAGUUCCCCUAAGCAGCUGCACAAAAUGGCCAACAGAAGAGGCAGGAGAGAUGUCCUGCAAACACUGGAUGACAGGGAAUUAUUGAGACGCUACAGAUUGGAUCGUGCAGGAAUCAUGUUUGUGGUGGAUCUCCUUAGAGAUGCAAUUACUUCACCAACUCGACGCCACAACGCUAUUACACCGGAGACGAAAGUAAUCACAACCCUGAGGUAUUUGGCAACCGGAAAAUGCAACAGUGCAGCAGUGAUGACUUGGGUCUGUCCCAAUCCUCCGUCAGCAAAAUCAUCACCUAAACACUGACAGCUUUGUCACAACCUAAUAUUGUGACACAAUUUGUUUCAUUCCCGCUGGAUGCCCGCACUUUACACACACAUAAAAGGGCAUUUAUGGACAUUGCAGGAUUCCCUGGCGUUGUGGGUGUAAUUGAUGGAACACAUGUGAGAAUAAUUGCGCCAUCAGAGGACGAGGCUGUCUUUGUUAACAGGAGGAAUUUCCACAGCAUCAACGUGCAAAUAGUGUUCAAUGCGGCCUGUAAGAUUUUGGACAUUGUGGCGAAAUGGCCAGGCUCCACACAUGAUGCGAGAAUGCUCCCCGAGAGUGGCAUCAGACAGCUUUUUGAGAGACGCUAUGUGCCAGCUAAUUGCCACUUGUUAGGGGACAGUGGCUACCCAUGCAAACCAUGGCUCCUUACACCUUACCUCCAGCCACGCCAAGGGCCCCAACUAAACUAUAACAGGGCCCACAAGACAACAAGAGCGGUGGUGGAGCGUGGCAUAGGCCAGCUUAAGAGGCGCUUUCAUGUUCUCCAUGGAGAGGUGCGGCUGAGGCCUGAAAAAGUCAUCAUAGCCUGUGCAAUAUUACACAAUAUUUGCAAGGUUAGACAGAUUGCAGAACCUCUGGAGGAUGGCGAUGAGGAUGAAGACAACGAUGAGGAUGGUGGUGAAGAAGAUAUUUACAUUCCACAGGGGAACCUAGCCCAGAGUGGACUGCCUUACAGGGCAAACCUCACAAAUUUACAUUUCAGGCAAGCUGUAGCCCCAUGUCUUUUGAGAACUUGUGAUGGUAUUAAGAACUACCACAGUUUUACUGCACAUCACCUGCAAUUGUGCAAUGCAAGGCACAGAACACAAUCUGUAAAUGGUUUAUUUUUUAGGUGUUCAAUUUUAAGGCGGUAGUACUCCUCCUGAAGGGAAAGGACUU